AUGGCCACAAACAUUGCUUUUCCCAACAUCCUUAUCACAUGUUUCCUAUUACUUUUCUGUACCUUCUCAACCUCUACUCUUAUUCAGUUAGAUCCAUCCGACAUUGACCAAUUCGACAUCGAGAAUUUUUUUGCCGAAGACGCCACCUUCCUCCCUACCCAGAAUCUUCCCGAACCAGAUUCCCAUCCUGCCGAAGAAACCCCUCACCAACACUCCAACAUUGAUAAACCAACAACAAGAGAAUCCUUGGAAGACUCAAAACCUCUUCCUCUAACGGUUUUCCGUUUUGGCCGUUCACGUUUUCCACGACGUCCAUUACCGUCAUCUUCCGAUCGUCCUGUCCGCCACCGUUGCCAUCACGCUCGCCGUCAUUACAAGCCAUGGAACAAACGCCACCUCCCCCGCCGCGAUAACGGCUUAGAAAAGGAAUUUGACGUGGCCGCAUCGCGUGUAGAAGCGCGCGAAGUUCCGGAUGAUUGGAUGAGGUUUGAAGACAAUAUUAAGGAGCCAAUAUCGGUAUCACGCAAACGUAGCAAAGCAAUGGAAAAGAGUGAGUUGUUGAAGAGGAUUCAUGCCCGUUACAGUCAACUUCGUCAAGAGGAAGCUAAGAAAAAGAUUAAGGAUAAUAGGACAACGUUUGUUAAGAGGAUCCGCAAGUUUUUGAACGGCGUCUAG